UAUUUUCCAUUUCACCACUUUCUCGGGAAAAUGGCAGCUCACACACUUUCUCUCUCUACCCAAACAACGUCCACCGGAGCUUCCUAUUCCCAACACAAUUACAGACUACCCAACUCGUUUCCACCAUCUCUAACUCAAAUUCUCAGACCACAAAGCUUACAGAGUCCAUGGCUGGGCACUGCAAAGCUCUUUUUUCAAUCGUGCUCUCUCAUAACCCCAUUGUCAAAGCAUCGACCCAUCAAUGCCACAGUCUUGUUCAGCCUCCCCACUGCUAAACCAGAGAGGGUUUCAUCUACUGAGAUAGUACCCAAAUGGUCUUCAAAGGCUAUAAAGUCAUUUGCUAUGGGUGAAUUGGAAGCAAGAAAGUUGAAGUACCCCACUACUGGGACAGAAGCUCUUCUCAUGGGGAUCUUGAUUGAGGGAACUAAUGUAGCUGCAAAGUUUUUGCUGGCAAAUGGAAUUUCAAUUUUCAAAGUGCGUGAGGAAACUAUGAAGUUACUUGGAAAAGGUGACAUGUACUAUUUCAGUCCUGAGCACCCUCCUUUAACCGAAUCAGCUCAAAGGGCCCUUGAUUGGGCUGUUGAUGAAAAGCUAAAAUCUGGUGAAAGUGGGGAAAUUACGCCUACUCAUCUGCUGCUUGGUGUGUGGUCUGAAAAGGAAUCAGCUGGUCACAAAAUAAUGGCUGCACUUGGCUUCAACGAGGAGAAAGCCAAAGAGCUUGAGACUUUAAUUUCUAAACGUGGCUCUCUCGAGGAUUAAGCAUAUUUGAUAUUCAAAUUCACCAAUGUAGUAAUUCUUCAACUCGAGAUGGAUUGAAGAUUUUUUUAUGGGCUUUUCACAGAGAUUUUGAUGGAAUAGUGCAUCCCUGAAAAUCCUCAAAUUGUUUACAAAAGUUUGUGUUCAAUGAACACCAGAUAUUCAAGUGUAACAGUGACACGCGAUUCUCUAAUACUAAUUUGAUGGCAUUUUGUGGAAUC